AUGUUGACCAAGACAUAUUUCUCACUUACAGUAUCCAUGCUAUUUUUGCAUGAAACACGAUUGCUUGGUGCUGCUAGUGCUUUGCCCGUAGUCGAAAACAACCAAAAUGUCGAACCUGGUGCAAACGAACUUGAGCAUUUUUCGACAACGAGCAAGCGUGUAUCUGAUUUGUACGAGCCGGGCCAUUUCAUAGUAAAUCCUGAUUUGUGUGGACAUGACAAUGGUGCAAACCUGAGUCUAUUGAUAAUGGUCAGGUCUGCACCGAAGAAUCACAAUCAACGCAUCGCGAUACGUGACACAUGGGGCGUUUAUGGGUCUCGUAACGAUAUUUCAUUGGGAUUUCUAAUCGGAACUACCAACAAUCAUUCGACUGAAAAUUCGCUAGAAGACGAGUCUGACCUUUACGGCGAUAUCGUCCGCUCUCAUUUUACAGAAAACUACGAUAAUUUAACAUUAAAAACGAUAUCUGUAUUGGAAUGGGUCGAUGUGCACUGUUCGCAAGCAGAAUUUGUAUUCAAUGUUGAUGACGACAUGUUCAUCAAUGUAAUGCAAUUGAUGUCAUUCAUUGAUGACAACCACUCUGCAGCUAAUCAAAAAGUCAUCUUUGGACAUCUGGUCAAAAUGACACCAAUUCGUCGUAAGACCAAAGACCAGAAAAAUGUUCUAUCACGAAAAGAAUAUUCUCCGAGUAGAUUUCCGUCUUUUGUCGUUGGAGGAGCAUAUUUAAUAAGUCGUUCGGCCAUUCAUGAUCUGUACAUGAAAGCCUUGACACUACCCUAUUUAAAAUUGGAGGAUGUAUUUAUAACGGGCAUUGUUGCCCAAUUGAUGAAUGUGAAGCGAAUUUUUGGAUUUGAGAAGUUCAAUUUAGCUCUAAAUCAAAGCAUCGCAUUUGAUACACCGUUCGAUGUGUGCAGUUUACGCCAAAUGAUCAGUAUUCAUGGUGUCCAUCCCAAUAAAAUGUAUGACCUGUGGAAAAAACAAUUGGAUACAAACAUUAAGUGUUAA